AAGUAACGUUUGUGGAUUGAUUUCAUUAACCAGAAAAUGGUCAGCUUUUUUUCAUUUUAACUUCAACGCUUAAAGAACACAAAAUCUGAUAAACGAAUCGAGUCAGGGGAACGACAAAAAACGCUUGAAGGAGCAAUUUUCAGAGCAGAGAAAACCCUAUCGAUCUCGGCGAUUUUCGAUGAAGAAGAGGAAGAUUGACAUAGAUUGGGUGGAGGUGAUGCGCGACGGUGGAGGAGAAGAAGAUCAGUUGCCGGAGUUGGAGGUCGUCGUCACGGCCAAAGCUCCGCCGGUUUCGGUGGAUGAACAGAUGGAUUGCGAGCAGUCUCUUACCGAUCAACAGCUGGACGAGGUCCUGGAGCGUCAGACAUCGCUUCUGGCGAAAAUGGGACCGAAGUUACCUGACGGUGGGGAGAAAAUCCGUGCCAAAAUCGAACGGCUCGAGGAGGAGAAGCAACGGAGGAUGCUUCGACGGCCGAAAAUGGAUAUGGAUGGAUGUCAGAAGCUCAUGCAUUCUACAAGCUCAGAUGUCUUUAGAGAAGGGAAUAUGGGCUCGAAGGAUGUCUCGCGGUCAACAUUUGCUGCUUAUUUUAGUAAAAAGCCAGAAACAGAUAGGGAGUCAGUGAAACCAUUUGAGAAAGAACUACAAGAUUUGGGAUGUGAAAGCUGGAAACACAGACCCAAUGGAGAAACACCGCCAGGGCGAAGCAAUGGAUGGCGGUUGCUGUCAAGGCAAGAGCAAUUGCAACCGAGUGAAAAGUAUCCUUCUGCGAAAGUUAUGGAGUCAAAAGGGAAUCAUAAAUCCAAGGAAUCUUGCUUGAAAAAGAAGCCCAAGGAGUCUUCCCCUUAUUCUCUCAUUGAUGAUGAUGAUGACUUUAUUGACCACGAAACUCCUAGGGAGGGCACCUUUCAAGAAUCAAAAUCAUGGAGUUAUAGGCUCAGGAAGAGAUCAACAAAGGCGAUCAUUGACGUGGAUGAAGAGGAACCUCAACCUUCAACAAUUGAAGAGCUACAUGUUGAGCUUCCUGAAGGUAUGAAGGAAGAUAUAUACUACCCAUCAAGGGAUGACCCAGAUUUUGUCCAAGUUUGCCGUAAGGAUAUUGAAUGCCUUUCGCCUCAAGGCUAUCUAACAUCAACGGUUAUGAAUUUCUACAUUAAGUACUUGCAGCAUGAAACAUCUUCGGAGAAAACUUUUGCUGAUUGUCAUUUCUUUAAUACUUAUUUCUACAAGAAGCUCAUACAAGCUGUUUCAUACAAGGGGAAUGACAAGGAUGCGUUUUUUGUGAAGUUCAGGCGGUGGUGGAAGGGUACCAAUCUAUUCCAUAAGGCAUAUAUAUUUAUACCAAUACAUGAAGCUGUCCAUUGGAGCCUGGUAAUCAUUUGCAUCCCCGACAAGGAAGACUAUGAAUCGGGAUUGAUUAUACUCCACUUGGAUUCAUUAGGAAUUCAUUCGAGAAAAUCAAUUUUUGACAAUGUCAAGAGGUUUCUGAGAGAAGAAUGGAACUACCUUAAUCAACAAGGUGAUGCUUCUCCCUCGGAUAAACCAAUCCGGAUAACUGAAGCUAAAAUAGAGGUUCCACAACAGAAGAACGAUUAUGACUGCGGUCUCUUUGUACUCCUUUUCAUGAAACGUUUCGUGGAAGUUGCUCCCGAAAGGAUGAAAAAAAAGGAUCUGGAUAUGUUUGACAAGGAUUGGUUUAGACCAGAAGAAGCCUCAGGGAUGAGGAUUGAAAUCCGAAAAAUCCUUAUCGAUCUUUUCCGCAUCGAAAAUCAAACAGAUCAAAUCUCGGAACAGGGCUCAUAAAUUCAUCGGGGUAUAUGUGACAUAGGGGGGAUGUUUCACAGAUGAAGAAUCUAAGCUCGAUUUCGUCGUCGCUUCAAACCAACAGAGAGGUAAGAAUAGAAAUACUGGGUUUUGUUUGUACAGCUUAGAUGAGAUUAAUACUGAAUCAGAGCAAUAGUUCGGAAACAUGGAAAGUGAAGUAUGGAACGACGACGUUAGUAUCCUGAAAUGGUGAAGAAUCACUUCUCUGUUGCUUUUGGGCAUUUGGAUACAAUCCAAAUCCAUUCGAACUAAAUAACAUAUGGCAAUGUCUUGGGAUUGGGCAUUUUCA